AACUCUCUCCAAUUGGGCCUACGAGUUUGACAAGUGGGCUCCAUCCGUGGUGAAGGUCUCCUACAAGGGCUCCCCAGCAGCCAGACGAGCGUUCGUCCCUCAGCUCCGAAGUGGGAAAUUCAACGUCCUGCUGACCACCUAUGAAUACAUCAUCAAAGACAAACACAUCCUGGCCAAGAUCCGUUGGAAGUACAUGAUCGUGGACGAAGGCCACAGGAUGAAGAACCACCACUGCAAGCUCACCCAGGUCCUCAACACCCACUACGUGGCCCCCCGACGCCUCCUCCUGACGGGGACCCCCUUGCAGAACAAGCUCCCCGAGCUCUGGGCCCUCCUCAACUUCCUCCUGCCCACCAUCUUCAAGAGCUGCAGCACCUUUGAGCAGUGGUUCAACGCUCCCUUCGCCAUGACGGGCGAGAAGGUGGACCUGAAUGAAGAGGAGACCAUCCUGAUCAUCCGGCGCCUGCACAAGGUGCUGCGCCCCUUCCUCCUCAGGAGGCUGAAGAAGGAGGUGGAAGCUCAGCUCCCUGAGAAG